AUGGUUCAGAAUGAAAUACCCCUGGGUGAUCUAGACGAGAUCGUACCACUGACGAAUUUGCGGGAUCUCUCUAUUACGCUAGACGGACUCACAGGGGAGGAUCCCGACGACGAAUUGCCCAGUACUCUUGUGGAAUUUAUUCAAGGAGCCAGUAACAUCGAGUCACUGAGUUUAGCGUUUGAGGAGGAUGAGGAAAGAGGGGCACCUCCUUGGGGAUCUAUCGACUUGUUUAGCAAACUGGAUAUGGAGGAGAUGAUGCCUUCAAUCCGCCAUUUUGGAGGCCCGGGUCUCUUGGUCAGGGAACUUUUAAAAUCAACACUUACGAAACAAAUACAAUUACUUGAAUUCCGUGAACCAGGAGAUUUGGACAACUUUGUCCUAGACGAAAUGCCGAACUUGAGGGGAUUGGGGUAUUUUAACGGUUAUGAAGAAGGCGAUGAAUGGGGAGCUAUCGCAAAUCUGCUAUCUAAAUUGGCUACAAAGCUGCCUGCGUUAGAGGAGCUAAUUCUAGUGCAAUUCAACUGGCCGGAACAUAACCAAUUGGAUCGGUUGCUGGAGGCGAUCCAACCAUUACCACGUCUUCGUAGAUUGGCCAUCGGCCUAUGGCACUCAAAAAUCUCCACUCGCGAGUUCGUGGAUAAUAUUCAACAUUUUUACGAACGAAUUGGGGCACCGUGUCCUGAAGUAAACGUGGAUAUCAUCAACCCAGUAACUUUUAGUCUCGACUGCACAGCCACCGAGACCGAGCCCGGAAGAGUCCGAAAGGAGAGCUCCAAAGAACCACAACUACGAACCGACCAAAACUUUGGCAAAUCUGAAAUCGAAAUAAUAUCAGUUGACGAUUACCACCACACCCCCACUUACCUUGUCUCCGCAUCCCGUCCGGUCUCUACGAUGCCUCUCCCACAAGUCCCACCUGAGCUUAAGCCUAUCGCGCCGUUCCUCCAGCGCGCGGACGAGAUGAGGGCCAAGGAUCCGAUUAUAUCAUUCUGGUGCGAAUACUACGCAGUGAAGAAAGGAUUGAGUCUGAAGCUGUCGGGCGGUGGAGGACGACAAUUUCUGGCGAAACUGAUGGACUCGCUGGAAGCCACGAAGAAGGCACUGCGUGACCAUGAGUCGAUACAGAACGAAGAGGUGGCGUACUUGUAUGUUGAGAACUUUGCCGAUAGGAUAUUCGUCAUGGCUGACGAAGAAGACCGCCGCGGCGCAGCUUCUCGGUCGACGGCCAAGAAGUUCCUUGCCGCAGGCCAAUUCUAUGACUUGCUCGGCGCCUUUGAUAACGUCAAACUAUCCCAUACUCCGAAGACAAUCGAGAAACGAACCUACUCUAAAUGGAGAGCCACAGAGAUAUCCAAAGCCUUUCGAGAUGGCCGAGCACCACCCCCACCUCCUUCGCCCUCUGCUCCGGUCGAUUCGCAACUCCCAUCAAGCCUAACGGAUCCAAGCGCGUCUCAAACAUUGACAAUUGGUUCUACGAGCUCACUUCCUCUGGAAGCUCCAUCGCCCUCUUCUCCCCCUCCAACUGCGCACACCCAUAAUCGUAGCCAAAGCUCCCAAUCACCAUCCACGGCCACGACAUCAUCCCUUAUUACGUCUGUGAACGGAUCCGGAUUUGGAAAUGGAAACGGUACUGGAAGUACAUCGAGGCGUCGAGCCUCUGAUGUAUCUACGACUACGCCUACUCGUUCGGCCGGAGGCUCAAGCCCGUUGUGGAGUAACCGAGUAUAUUCGCCACCUGACGCGCCCGGGAGGGACGGGAAUCCUCCUAGCGUUAUAGAGAGCCCAAUCAAGGAGAAACGUGUUCGCAGGGGGUUGAGCAACUUGAGUAGUCGUGCGACGCCCGGCGUAGACGAAGAGGACAGUGGGACAGAUUUGGGAACGGACGAAGACGGGAAUGGGGGCCACUUACGAGGGGACGCCAGGAGAAGCAGGUUUAAUUCUACUGAGAACGGACACGAGGCCAGUGGAGAGAGCGUUGUUGGGAGCAAUGGCGUAUGGGACAACCGACAGGCUAGUCUUGCCGUUCAACCACCCGAAAGUCGUCAGGCAAGCUUCGCUCAACGGCCAUCGGAUUCUGCGAUCCACGGACAAGGACCAACUAGCCCCACAGCUGCCAGCCUACCCGUCAUAAAUGGACCACCCACUCUUAUUCCCGGCACAGCAAAUACUGAUUCCACUCCAUCUUCCCAAUCGUCGUCCAAGCAAACCUCCCCUAGGUCUGGUCAUCCUAACGUUCCAGGUAGACACCCAUCACCUUCGGCAAGCACAGCAACCCCCGCCUCUUCUCACGCAUCAAUCCCACCAGCCAGCUCUCCUGCACCGAAAACUGAUUCACCCACCGAGUCCACAAGUACUCCCACGGGAUCUCCGGCUGGUGCAAACGCUCUUGCCACGGCGCUGGUCUUGCCACCACGACGCGUUCAUUUCUCGGGAUCAACUGUUGGGGGUCUCAGCAGUGUCGCAUCUUCUUCACCAGAGUCAUCCCCUGAACAAAUGUCGAUCCCACUUCCAGACCAGCGGGCGCCUCUUCAAAUCACCGGUCCCCCUCCAACCGCUAGUCCUACGAACUCACGACGGUAUGAGCCUACUCCACGCGCGCCACCCGCGAUCCUUCCUCCUCCGGAUGUGGACGCACUUCCCCCUCUCACUGGUGCAUUGGUCCGACCUCAAGCAUAUCAGAUCAAUCGCGCCAUUCCAAACGUAGCUUAUCCCACGGCUUCGGCUCCUCCAUAUCCUGAGCCUACUUACGUCGCCCCACCGGCACUUGUUCAGCCACACCCACAUGGGCAUCAUCAUUCUCCUUCCCAAUCUCAUUCGCACUCUCCAUCCCAGACCCAUGCACUGGUUCAGGUGCCCCAGCAGUCAUCUUAUCCUUAUACUCCCGCGACACCACAUGCCAAACCUGCUUCGCCCCCUUUGCCAACCGCGAUCUCUGGCCCGUCCACUCAGCGAGCACAGAAGCAUGCCAAGUUUGCCAUCUCCGCGUUGGACUAUGACGAUCUCGAAACGGCCCGGAGGGAGUUGUUGAACGCGUUGGCUAUCGUGAAUGGGCGCGCAACCUAA